AAAGUGCUAAGCAUUUAUUAGUAUCAUUGGGUCAACGUUGAAGCAGAAAAGAGAGGCCCAAGAAGCCCACUCCAUGAAGCCCAUGUGGAAGGCCCACGAAAGUGGAAGAUGUGGGACCCAGGAAUUUAAAACGUCAGUUUAUUGUUUCCCGUGCCGAUGCGCGCACUGAACGGAAGGGCCAUCAUUGAAGUAGCCGUUACUAUACACACCUCUUACUAUCUCUGGACUGGAACUUUGAAUUUCAGAGCGUUUUUUUCUCUUUCGAAAAGUAAACCUCGUCGUCGUUCAUUCGUUCUUUCUCUCUUUCAGAUCGAUUGCAGAAUUCAUUUCGGCACUCCAAACUACGCCGUUCAGCAUUUCCACCGGCGACUGAGCCUCCUCUUCUUCAUCUGCAAAAAUUGAAGGCAGAGCUCGAUGACGGGAACACCUGUGGCGGUGGCUGCGGCAACGCCGAGGUCUAAGAUACAGAGGAAUGCUUCAGGUACGCCGGGUGGCCCCAAAGUUCGGGAGGAGAAAAUUCGAGUCACGGUUCGGAUGAGGCCGCUCAAUACAAAGGAGCAAGCUAUGUACGAUCUAAUUGCUUGGGAUUGUUUGGAUGAACACACUAUUGUGUUCAAGAAUCCAAACCAAGAGAGGCCUACAACACCAUACACCUUCGAUAAAGUUUUUGCACCUACGUGCUCAACUCAUAAGGUUUAUGAAGAAGGGGCUAAAGAUGUUGCUUUAUCAGCACUUUCUGGAAUCAAUGCAACAAUAUUUGCGUAUGGGCAGACUAGCAGUGGUAAGACAUUCACGAUGAGAGGCGUCACUGAAAGUGCUAUUAAAGACAUCUACGACUACAUUAAGAAUACACCAGAAAGGGAUUUUAUUCUGAGAAUCUCUGCUCUGGAAAUCUAUAAUGAGACUGUCAUAGACCUUCUGAAACGUGAAUCUGGUCCUCUUCGGCUCUUGGAUGAUCCUGAGAAAGGGACUAUUGUGGAAAAGCUGAAUGAAGAAGUAGCUGAAGAUCGUCAACAUCUUAGGCGCUUAAUUGGCAUCUGCGAAGCUCAAAGGCAAGUGGGAGAAACUGCUUUAAAUGAUAAAAGCUCAAGAUCACAUCAAAUAAUCAGGCUGACUGUAGAAAGCAGCCUUCGUGAAAGUUCAGGUCACGUAAAGUCUUACAUAGCAAGUUUGAAUUUUGUGGAUCUUGCUGGAAGUGAACGCAUCUCUCAAACAAAUACAUGUGGAGCAAGAAUGAAGGAAGGCAGCCACAUCAACCGAAGUUUGUUGACACUUGCAUCAGUCAUCAGGAAGCUAAGUGGCGGAAAAUGUGGUCACAUACCAUAUAGAGACUCAAAAUUGACACGAAUAUUGCAGUCUUCAUUAGGAGGGAAUGCUCGAACAGCGAUUAUCUGUACCAUAAGUCCUUCCUUAAGUCAUGUGGAGCAAACAAGAAAUACACUAGCAUUUGCUACCAGUGCAAAGGAAGUCAUUAAUACUGCCCGAGUUAAUAUGGUCGUUUCAAAUAAGACACUAGUUAGACAGUUGCAAAAGGAAGUUGCGAGGCUUGAAGGGGAGUUACGAAGCCCUGACCUUUCUGUGAAUUCAUGUCUAAGGUCAUUGCUAGCUGAAAAGGAGUUGAAAAUUCAGCAGAUGGAGAGGGAUAUGGAAGAUCUGAGGCGACAGAGAGACCUUGCACAAACUCAACUUGAUCUGGAAAGAAGAGUGAAUAAAGUUCCAAAGGGAUCAAACGAUUGUGGGCCCUCUAGUCAAAUAGUCAGAUGUCUUUCUUUUCCUGAAGAGAACAAAUCAGCUAAUGGUAAACGUACGCCAGAGCGACGAGAGGCAGUGGGCAGGCAGGCAAUGCUGAAGAAUUUAUUGGCUUCUCCUGAUCCAUCCAUACUGGUUGGUGAAAUCCGAAAGCUUGAGGAUCGGCAGCUCCAGCUCUGUGAGGAUGCAAAUCGAGCUCUUGAAGUUCUGCACCAGGAUUUUGCAACUCACAAACUUGGGAAUCAAGAAACUGCUGAAACCAUGUCGAAAGUACUAUCUGAAAUAAAAGACUUAGUAGCUGCCAGCUCUACUCCAGAAGAAAUUGUGGCAGCAGAUAAGGCCGACCUAAUGGAAAAGAUCACACAGUUGAAAAAUCAAGGGAACACCAUUGCAUCUUUAGAAAGGAAGCUGGAGAAUGUUCAAAAAUCUAUAGACAAGCUUGUGUCUGCUUUUAAUGCAGAGGAGACUCCAGAAAACAAGACGACCCCUCUGAGAAGGAAGAAAAUUCUUCCUUUCACAUUAAGCAACAGUCCCAACAUGCAGCAUAUAAUACGUGCUCCUUGCUCGCCUCUCUCCUCUUCGCGUAAAGCAAUGGAACAUGACAUUGAGAACAGGGCACCGGAAAACAACAUUGGCAUCUCUGGCAGUGAUUCUUUUGCUAAGUUUCAUAAAGAUACUCCACGAAAGGAUGAUAAAAGUUGUGAUUCUAUUUUAUCACGGGCAGGAAGCCCAGCUACAAGGAAAUCAAAAUCAGUGAAUGUGAUGAAGAUUCAAAAGAUGUUCAAGAAUGCUGCGGAGGAGAACAUUCGGAGCUUCAGAGUUUAUGUUACCGAGUUAAAAGAGCUAGUGGCAAAACUGCAUUACCAGAAGCAGCUACUGGUUUGCCAGGUUUUGGAACUGGAAGCAAACAAGUCAUUAAAUGAAGAAAAGGAUACACCUGAUCGGUCUCCCUUGCCAUGGCAUAUACUAUUUGAUCAGCAGAGAAAGCAAAUUAUCAUGUUAUGGCAUUUAUGCCACAUAUCUCUUGUGCACCGGACACAGUUUUUUCUUCUGUUAGGAGGAGACCCUUCUGAUCAGAUAUAUAUGGAAGUUGAACUUAGAAGAUUGACUCGGUUAGAACAGCACCUGGCAGAGCUUGGGAAUGCUAGUCCUGCACUUCUAGGUGAUGAGCCUGCAGGCUCUGUUUCAGCAAGCAUUAGAGCUCUGAAGCAAGAAAGGGAACAUCUUGCUAGGAAGGUGAACACUAAACUUACAGCAGAGGAGAGGGAACUGCUUUAUGCAAAAUGGGAAGUUCCUCCAGUUGGAAAACAAAGGAGACUGCAAUUUGUAAAUAAAUUGUGGACCGACCCUUAUAACAUGCAACAUGUGCAAGAAAGUGCUGAAAUUGUAGCAAAGCUCAUUGAUUUCAGUGUAUCUGAUGAAAACAGCAAGGAUAUGAUUGAAUUAAACUUUUCAAGCCCUUUUAAUAAGAAAACAUGGGCGGGCUGGAACUUUAUAUCAAAUCUUCUAAAUUUGUAAACACAUUGUUGUAGUUGUACGUCAUUUGUAGUUGAGAAGAGAAGUAGAGAACUAUCAAAUAUAUAUAAUAUUUCGAUUCCAUUAACUGAUUA